GACGCGGGCUGUCGGCCGCCGGGCGCGGGGCGUGCCGAGCGGCGCCACCAGUUUGGAUCUAUAAAACUCUAUCUUUCGUUCUAACGUCAUUAGUCACCAUUGGCUGCUUCAUCAUAUGUCGCGCGGCACCGGGCCGAGCCGCCCGCCUGCAUUAAUGCCGCAAACCUGAUUUGUGGCCUGUAUCGGCGGCGACGGCGGCCGGUUCGGAGGCGCAGCGGCGGCCCGGCGGCCGCGACCCCAUGGAGGGCUACCAGGUGCGGACGCCCGGCCUGGCCGACGACAGGGACAAGCGCAAGGUGGACGACUUCUCGGGCCUGUACGGCCUGGACAACACGCUCCGGCCGCACCCAGAGCACGCAGGAGGCGAGGGAGCGUUCAAGAAGCUGAAGACGGAGGGUGGCUCGGGAGGCGUGGCUGCCGGCCACAGCCCCACCACGUCCGCCUGCCCGACACCUGCCCGCAGGCGACACCGCACCACCUUCUCACAGGAGCAGCUGCAGCAGCUGGAGGCGGCGUUCGCCAAGUCACAUUACCCCGACAUCUACUGUCGGGAGGAACUAGCCAGAACCACCAAACUCAAUGAGGCACGCAUUCAGGUGUGGUUCCAGAACCGGCGGGCCAAGUACCGCAAGCAGGAGAAGCAGCUGCACAAGGCGCUGGCGCCGUCGGCGCUCGGGCCCUGCAACACGGCCCUGAUGCGCAACAUCUACCCUCCGUCCAGCCGCGGCUACCAGCACUACCCGACGGCGCAUCAGUCAUUCAACAGUAUGAACCGCUACCCACAGAUGGCGGCCACGUCGUACCCGACCAUGGCCCAGCCCUUCGCCAUGGGUCACUCGACACACAACAUGACCGCCGUCAGGAAUGACAUGGGCAUGCCGAUGGAGGACGAGUGGUACAACAAGUCACUCACCGCGCUGCGCAUGAACACCAGCCAUCACCCAAACUUGUCUGCUCCUAUGCUCCAGUACCAAACGUGAACGAGGGCGCCGAGCUGGGCUUCUGGUC